CAUAAAUUACCCACUUUAGAACACGAAAUAAUGGAUGUUUUCAGCAACUUCAGGCACAAGCACACCAAGUUUUGCAAGCACGGGGCAGAUUCUUCAUGUCUCUUGCAUUGUGUGAAGGGCUUCACCUCCAAUUUUCUGAAAGGAUACUGCCUCAGAUCAGGGCUUUUGCUGCUGUUUACUAUACUGAAAAAGAGAGAUCUCAGGCUUAUUCUGAAAGCUCUCUUCUCCAAAACAGCUUUCUCUUUUGGCCUAUUCGCAUCGAGCAUUACUUUCAUAUACAGAGCAGUGCUCUGUCUUCUAAGAGGAUUAAGGAAAAAGGAUGAUAAGUAUAACUCAUUAAUAGCCGGGCUGCUGAGCUCCAUCACUGUCGUGAUGGAGCAAAACUCAGCUAUCCGAAAGCUAAUAUGCUAUUACUUCUUCGCAAACGCCAUAGAUUCCUUCUUAUCAACUCUUGAAAGCAAUGGAAUUGCUCCCAAGCCUAAAGACUGGGGUCUUUACAGCUACUCAGCAAUGAUCACUUUCUUCAUCAUGAAUUAUGCCCUGAACCCAGACAUCAUAGGCAAGAAAGUUUUCAAUUUGUUCACAAAGAUUGCUUUCUUUACUUCAAAUGAAAAGAUAGUAUUGCUGGAGAUCUUCCCAAAGAGAGAUUUCUUACUUAAUGAAAACUCAGUUACAUUAUUUGGAAAUUAACUCGUGAAGAUGGGCAAACCAUUUCAAUAAGUUUCA